AUGACGGACUCGGAACCCAUCUUCACUGCUGUCUCCAGCAAUGCCCACCACCUCUACACUCUCCUCCAAUGCAUCGGCUUCACAUCCAGGGCCACGGUGCAAAUAACCCCAGAUGGAAUCCGCUUCUCCGCCGAAGAGAUGCGAGUUAUCCAAGGACUCGCCUUCCUCGACAAAGCCCUCUUCACCAGCUACACCUUCAACCCACCAGCCGCGCCAAACCAAGGGACAACAGACAACAACGACAACGACGACGAUACAACUUCCGACCCCUCCACCUACUACCCAUGCUUCGUCGUCUCGUUAUCCGCCCUCCUAGAAACCCUCAAGAUCUUCGGCACCAACGACUCCACCAACCCCACCGCCGGUCGAGCAUCCAGCGUCCAACCAACCCACCCAUCCGGACCUGGCGCCUUCUCCGCCCCAUCCUUACUCCUAGACCGCUCCUGCACAAUCCGCUACACCAGCGAAGGCUCACCCCUCAGCAUCACUCUCUCCGAAACGGGCGUCAAAACCACCUGCGAAUUAACAACCUACGAAACCGAAGGCAGCGAAGUCGACAUCCCUCUCCAACGAGAUGCCAUCAUCAUGAAGAUCAUCAUGCGCUCUGCCUGGCUCCAUAACGCCAUUUCAGAACUAGCCGCCACGAGUCCCUCGGUGUUGAAGAUCUCCGCGUCCGCGACCCGCGAACCAUUCUUCGCUCUCUCCGGCACGGGAGGCUCGUUCAGCGAGUCAUCUGUAGAAUUCUCCGUCGAGAAUGGCGGGGCUAAUGGUACGGGAGGUGAUGCACGAGGCUCAAUUGAUGAAGGGUCCCGUGCGAAGAAAGCUAAACUUGCGCCGACGGUCACGGAGACGUUCCUUGUCAGUCCGCCGUCGUCGAUGGGGUCGCGUCUCAAGCAGAAUUAUAAGUUCGCGCUGAUUCAGAAGGCGGCGCGUGCUAUGGCAGUGGCUAAUAAAGUGAGCAUUCGUGGUGAUCGCCAGGGUGUAUUGAGUCUUCAGUUUAUGAUUGAGUUUGAUGCUAAUGGGGCUGGUGGUGUACGGCCGCUCAAGGGUGGUCCGCCGCCUGUUGUGACGUUUGUGGAUUUCCGGUUUGUGCCUUUGUUGGAUGAUGAGGAGGGUGAUGAUCUGGAGUGA